AUGCCUUUCCGUUGCAAGUGUGGACGAACAUUUGAAAAGACUGACACCUUUGCCUCACAUACCUCGGGUUGUGCUCCUUUUCAUCAGCGGCGUAUGUCCGAAUCCAACGCGCAGUUGGGUACCUCAUCCACGUCGCAGCAAAAGAGAACACCUCCUUUGAUCAAUACUUCCUCGUUAUCAUUCAUUUCCACUGGACUCUUAUCUCCCACACAAGCGUCACCUGGCACAUCGUCACAAGCGAGUUCUCCAACUUCUGCAGACCUUCGAGGUGACAUGUCGUCAUCCAUGCCAUCCUACUUUAUGCCGACAGGAUUGUCUUUGCAAUACGCAUUUGAGGGUGCCAGAAGGCGUUCCAUGUCAUAUGGUAGCACUGCUACUAAUGCAUCCUUGAAGUGA